GCAGGCAGUUACCGAGAUCGCCGGGAGAAUAUCGUGUUUAUAUGCUUUUGUCUCGAAAAUAUAAACAGGACAAAAAUUGAUUAUUAUAAAUAAAAAGUGCCCUGAUUUCGGUUCCAAUUUGUUGUUCCGUUUCGGAAGUGCUCAAUAGUGCUCGAAAAUUUUCGAGACCCUGUAUAAAUAUUCAUUUUGGGACCGUCUUGUCUUACAAGAUACGCUUCUAGUGUAAGAUUUUUGACCCACCCCCUCAAUAAAAACUAUGAAUUAACAGUUGUGAUUGUGUGUUUUUUGGAUACCACUUGGAUUAUUUCAAUUAUAAUGUAGAAAAGUGAUGGCCCACUUCGCACAUCUACCCCCGCUUCCGACCACCUCCACCACCACCCAUCGCCAAUCUAAAGUAUCCUGAACUGCGUCGACUCGCCGACAGGUGUCGCCAUGGACCACAGCGUCAAAGCGAUGACGUCACCGCGCGUGCUGGCGCGCGCUCUGAACCCGCAUCGCUUCGAGAACGACGAGCUGGAGCAGUUGUACCAACGGUACAUCUGCAAGCUGCAACAUUCGAGCGUGGCGGCCGUGGUGGCGCUGUUCGUACUGUUGACAUUUCUAUUGGCCAAUUUGGGUUUGGUGUACUCGCAGACUGCUACCAUCCAGAACGUCUACCACGCAGCCCAUUGCAUACUCUUCGCCUUACUGCUGGGGUUUCUACACACUCGGUUCAUGCAGGACGCGUACCUGCUGUGGGUAUGCUACGUGGUGCUGUUCUUCUUGGCGACAUUCUGCGCUCUGGCUUUGCCGCUCUACCCUAGCAGUAACGCCACUAAGGUUGCUGCGGAGGGCACUUGGCAGGUGGUGUUUGUGAUAUUUUUGGCGUACGCCAUGAUGCCGUUGAAGUCAUGGAUUGCUGGAGUUUUCGGAUUUCUGUUAUGUUCUGCUCAUGUCGCCGUUUCGUCUGUGUUUGCGACUGAUUUUCCUCAUUUAAAAUGGCAACAGUUAAGCGCAAACGUGGUGGUAUUCUUAUGCGUCAACGUCGUGGGCAUAUUUAUGCACAAUCUCAUGGAACAUGCGCAAAGGAAGGCUUUUUUAGACACUAGGAACUGUAUCGCUGCUCGACUGGAAAUGGAAGACGAAAAUGAAAAACUGGAACGUCUGCUAUUGUCGGUGCUUCCCCAACACGUCGCCAUGGAAAUGAAAAACGACAUAAUAUCGCCGGUCGAGGGCCAGUUCCACAAAAUCUAUAUACAGAAACACGAGAACGUCAGUAUCCUCUUCGCGGACAUUGUGGGUUUCACCGUGCUUGCGUCACAAUGUACAGCACAAGAGCUAGUGCGCCUCCUCAACGAACUGUUUGGCAGGUUCGACCAGUUAGCUAACGACAACCACUGUCUGCGCAUCAAGAUCCUCGGCGACUGCUACUACUGCGUCUCGGGCCUGCCCGAGCCUCGUUCCGACCACGCCCACUGCACCGUAGAGAUGGGCCUGGACAUGAUCGACGCUAUAGCAAGCGUGGUCGAGGCCACCGAUGUCCAGCUCAACAUGCGCGUGGGCAUCCAUUCGGGGCGGGUGCUGUGCGGGGUACUAGGACUCCGCAAGUGGCAGUACGACGUCUGGUCGAACGAUGUCACGCUGGCCAAUAAUAUGGAAGCCGGAGGUGAACCAGGGAGAGUACACAUAACUCAAGCAACUUUGGAUUAUCUGGGAGGAGAGUACGACGUGGAACCAGGUAACGGAGCUUCCAGAAAUCAGUAUUUACGAGAUCACUGCGUCACCACAUACUUUAUAGUACCGCCUGCUCGGAGACGGAAGCCAUUGUUGUUCAACACGCUCCAGGUGCGGUCGGCGCUGGGCGCUGCGCAGCGAAGGAAGCUCAGCUUCAAGAACGUCAGCAACGUGGUGGUGCAGCUGCUGCACUCGAUCAAGUACUCGAUGGAGGUGCCGUUCAGCAACAUGGCGCUGCAGCCGGACAUGAAAACGACCACGACGAGAAAGGAUGCGGUGCUAGAACUACAAAGGGUUCUCCACGCAGAAAUUUCGCCCUCGCAAGAGCAAAAUCGAUCUACCCCUCAGGCCUCAGGCAGCAAUAAUAAAGUAACAGAGAAGUUUAAAAGGCCAUUUAAGAAACGACAUUCAAGCGUGUAUCAUCAACCGUCAAACAGAGUAAACAAGUACCUUUCCAGAGCAAUUGAAGCCAGGAGCGUUGACAGAGAAAAAUCAACGCACGUCAGUCUUUUCACUUUAUGUUUCAAAAAUAAAGAUAGAGAGAGUCAGUAUCACGAAGAUUUGGAUGUCGGUUACAGUUCUACACUAGUUUGUGCUUUGGUUCUUCUCGGUUUUCUUGGUACACUUCAAGCUACAGUGUUGCCAAGAACCAUAAUCUUAUUGUUAUUAUUUCUUGUUGCUUUUAUAUGGAUCUCGGCUGUACUUAUUCUGCUCCUGGCUGUAAGAUUGAGAUGGAUACUUUGGGACAUAUCGCACAGUUUUGUUCUGCGACUAGCUAUAACAGUGUUUACUAUUGUUUUGAUCUAUACUGUAGCCCAAAUAAAUGUGUUUACCUGUAGAUCGGAAGAACCAUGUAUAUCUCACAGUACUCAAAAUAUUACUUUAGAUACCGGGUUGCCUAUGGAACAAGACCAUAGGGCAUGUCCUUUACCACAGUAUAUUGUUCUUUCUUGCGCCUUAGGUUACUUGGCUGUAGCAAUUUUUCUCAGACUACCAAUUCUACUCAAAGCUCUACUCUUAGUUGUAAUGUCCACUGUUUAUAUUUUACUCAUAGAACUGUCCCACAUAGAACUUUUCAACUGUUACGACAGUCGAGUGGGAUCGGUUAUACCUGCUCAUGUUCUCAGCGUAGUCGAAGUAUUGAUAUUUGUAUUGGCUGUACUAUUACACGGGAGACAAGUAGAAUGGACUGCUAGAUUAGAUUUUCUCUGGCAAGUACAGGCUAACGAAGAGAAACGUGACAUGGACUCGUUACAACACUCAAAUAAAAGAAUCUUAUUUAAUUUGCUGCCAGCUCACGUGGCCACUCAUUUUCUUGAUAAUCAAUUUCGCAACAAUAUGAAUACUCUAUCACAGGAACUCUACCAUCAAAGCUACUCAAGAGUCGGUGUUGUAUUCGCUUCUAUUACCAACUACCACGAGUUCUAUACAGAACUAGAUGGCAACAAUCAAGGAGUUGAAUGCUUGAGGCUGUUAAACGAAAUUAUUGCUGAUUUCGAUGACUUGUUAAGCGAAGAACGAUUUAAAGCCAUUGAUAAGAUCAAGACUGUUGGAUCGACAUAUAUGGCAGCUGUGGGUCUCAUGCCAGAUUUAAGAAUUUUAGAUGAAGAUGAAUCGACAGCUGGUAUCCAUCUUGGGACGCUGGUGGAGUUUGUUUUCGCCAUGCGAGAACGCUUAUUAAACAUAAACGAGAAUUCCUAUAAUAAUUUUAUGCUUAGAGUAGGUAUUAAUAUAGGUCCAGUAGUAGCUGGCGUCAUAGGUGCAAGAAAACCCCAAUAUGAUAUAUGGGGCAACACUGUAAAUGUAGCUAGCAGAAUGGACUCGACGGGGUUGCCAAAUCACACUCAAGUUACCGAGGAAGUAUACCAAGUACUUAAGAAUCAUCCGUAUGAGUUUCAGUGCAGAGGAAAAGUGAAAGUGAAAGGAAAAGGAGAUAUGACAACGUAUUUCUUAAUAGAUAGAAAGCAACCUGGCACCCUGAGAGUUGAAGAACUGAAUAAUAUCCGAUCCAAUUCAAAUAAUACUAAUAAUAUUAAUAAUAUGUAUGGAGGAGUUGCAACUCCACUGGCCUUACUUCACGGUGAUAAUACAAGACCGAAACACAUUCAACUUCAGAACCGUCAGAAUUCCCGCGAAGAUACUUAUAAUGCUUCGAGAAACGCCAUGCGAUUGCCACCGUUACGAGAAACCGCUCACAGGGAUCACAGCAUAGUUGGAUGCGAAAACGAACCCUUACUACCCGGUGCAAUUUCAAAAAAUAACGGAAGAAACGGAAGCAAAAAAGGAAACGUACUGGAAGACAAUCUUCCUCCUCCACCUCUUCCGCCGCACAAAGGGCCGUUCCAAACGAACAAUUCGCGACAGCAGCCUUUCCCCGAAAUGAGGUACAACCCGCCAUGGCCCAGACCCCAGCAACCUUUCACCCCCACCAACCCAGCAUCAGUAGAUAACAUUAAACCGUACCUCAAGCCUCUUCCUAAACCACCGGGAAAGGAAUCACCGAAUCGGCACCAAAGGAAGCUUCAGAACCCUAGCCCCGCUCCUCAUCAAAUGAUUCACUCCAGUCCUCCGCUGCCGAGACAAAACAUGCUCAGCGUGAUGCACCAGAGAGCCACACCUGAGAAAACUCCGGAGAUGUUAAGAGCGAAGGUUCAACCAAGGCAUAACAGUCCGCUUCAUGCGAGGAAAAGUCCUCAUCAUCACAGGCAUAGUCCUUUACAGAGACACUACUCUGAUGAAAGUCUGGGUGGUCUGUAUAGUUCUGCAGGUGCGGUACAAAGAAUACAUUCUUCCGCUGAUGAAAUUAGUUCGCUAAAUCACUCACCUAGCAUAAGUAGUUCAGACGAAAGUUACAGUAGAACAACGGAUGCUGAUGCAUCUCCUUGUGUAUCUCCACCUCUACCAACUGAUACACAACAGUUCCUAUUUCCGUCUGAUAUACAAGUCAACCCACUGUCUUCCCCCGAAGUGUCACCCAGGGCAUCUUUAGACUAUAUUCCUCCAAAUUGUUCCUUGAGGAACAACUCGACUGAUAGAGGAAACGCGAAGAGAAAUAACCUCCCUCCCAGCGCGGUAUUAGCUAUAGCUGGCACGUGUAAUACCGUAGAUUCAUCUAUAAUAACUAGUCCGCCUUGUUUGGAUGGAGAGGAUAGUUACAGAGGUGAAAGUUGUGCUAGUUUUGAAUUUGUCGGGAGAAGUAAUAAACAGAGAAAUCCGUCUCUUUUACGAACAACUAGUGCGAAUGGGGGAAAUAAUAUCCCUAAUAAGGUAUUGUUUAAACAGAGAAGCUUGGAAAAUAAGAGAAUCCGGAAUGACAGUGAUUCUGUACUGGAAUGUAACAAACUUGCCGCUAAUUGUAAAAGAUCGCCCAGUUUUAAAGAAGCCGAGGAAAUUAAGGAACUACUGAAGGAAGACGAUAACAAGCUGACUGUAAGUAGCGAUAAGAGUCUCAAAAAGGACGGAUCAUGUCAGACGGAUAAGAAAGACUUGAAAAAACUACGAAUGUCUCCUCUGACGUUCCGGGAUAAGAUCUCCCCUAACAUGAAACUGACCAAUUUGGAGCACUGCGAUAACAAUAUGGGUCCGUUCGAGAGGGAGAUUCAGAAACUGCUCGACGAGCAGAACCUGCUGCAAAACAUCCCGCCCAAGCUGGAGAAUCAGCAAAACAAAGAUUUAGCGUUGGAGCCGCUAGUCAGGUACGCUCCCAACAAUAAUAACCAUCAAGUGGGGCUGGCGGCCAUUCAAGCGCUAGCUCUGGGUUUAAGGGUGAAUCCCACAGGCAGCGUUACCCUUCAGUGCAUGUCCCCCACGCGAGCAAGCAGCAAAGAGGGCUCCCUUAAGAGGGGAGCGUCGCCGGGCCCGUCCGAGUCCAAUAAACAACCUAAAGUGUCGCCUUUGGACAGGACCCCAAAGUCUAAUGAAGAACCGGAUGUUGACUGUGAUAUGCUGGAAGUCCAGAAGAGAGAUGACGAUACGGAUGUGGAAAGUUUUGAGAGGGAUGAAAAACGGAUGGAAGAAGAAGUAGCACAAGAAGCUGAGGUAAAAAGACUGCUGGAAGAAAAAAUACAGGAAAAACUUAAAAACCUGGAAACCAUUGCUGUGCAAGAUAACCUACUGACCACCGCAAGUGCAAUGCCAGAAGGAAGCGUGUCUGAAUGGUCGGAAGAUGAAGACGGUGGAGCUUCCGAACCUUUACUGAACGACAGGGAAAGUACGGGGUACACCACUGAUGAUCCAGCUUUAGAAAAUAUAUCUAUGAUUAAUGAGGCUGGUUUGACAGAUGCAGAAGGCGCUCUCAGCGACGUGAACUCAGCCUACAAUGACCACAACCAUGACUGCGACAUGGACGACAACACGAGCAUGUCCUCGCGUGCGUCGUCGCGCAUCUUCGACUCCGACGCCAUGAUGUCCCUCGACUCGCUCAGCGCCCUCUACGACUCGGAGUACGACAACUGCUACAGGACGGACGACGAUCUGAACGCCGUGCCCGACCUGGACCGACUGAACUAUUUUUCCGUGCCAGUCAGUGACGUGCAUCUCGCGAACAUUCGCUCGAUGAGCGAGAGCAUCACUAGGAACUUCGGGCAGCCUCGUAGCGAGACCGAUCCCGACAGUGAUAUAUAAGUAGGGUUAAGUUUUCGGUGCGGUCUCGAAUCUUGGAAGAUAAGACGAUAUGAAUAAGGUAAAAUUAUUGGUUGGAAGUGAUCAGUGGAUAAACGUAGUGGAAACAAUCUGAAAUAGUAGUUUAAUAACAAGAUAGUACAUAGAAAAAUUAUCAGUUGAUUAAUUUCUUGAGAAUAUAUUUUUGAAGUUACUAUAUAAGAAAACUAAACAAAUUUAGGUAAAAGGUAAAACGUUUUUGAAUUAUUUUUUUUUCUAAAUACAGGGUGUCCCAAUAUUCCGUCAACUGCUACGUAUUUUUGAAAUCAAAAUAAGUUGAUUGAACACAAUUUACCUCUAUCCUCCUCUACCUUAUCUACCUGUCCUUCGUUUGUCCCUCAGAGGGCAUCAAAAUUUACACAAAUAAAUAUUUUUUUUUAAUUUUAAGAACCCUAAGAAUUUUAAUUAUUUAAAUUUGAUUGAAAUGCCUAUGUUUUGUUAAGCACUUUAGCAUUUGACUGAAUAUACACUCAAAUGCAAAAAAAAACGCAAUGGAGAAAUUUUUGGUGAAAUUUAAAGCGUUAUAUUUUUGUUAU